CUAAAGUAGACUGGCUUGACAGGAUUAUGCCUUGCGUUGGUGUUCCAUUUACGCGGUCAGUUUACAACCAUCGGUCGUUGGUGUAACGUUGUUCAGGAUUUUUAAAUUAGUUGUUCGUGUUAUUCACUUGUAACUAGACUUGAGUUUUUAUAGGACCUUGGAUGGGAAUGAUUUACUUUAUCUUGGAAUAAUUUACUGAAUUCAAGGUUAUGGCUCUCCAUGAGAAGUAAACCUGUAACGGCGGUUUAAGAAAACUAAAGAGGGAUGUCCAGCGGAGGGGCGUGCGUGCGGUUCAAGCAGAACGCUUGGAAGAAGGACCUCUGCAGCAACUGCUACCGGCCCAAGGAGGAGCACCAGGAGCAACCCAAGCCGCCCCCUCCAUCCCUCCCGCUCAUCGACCCCUCCCAGAGUAUCCUGGCCAAUCUGAAAAAGAAGAAAAAGCUGAAAAAGAAGUCGGUUAGAUUCACAGAACAGGAAAGUGAAGUGAUCGGAUAUGGAGGAGCAGAUUCCAGUUCAGAAGAGGACGAUUAUGAAUGGGUGGAAACGAAAGAGGAAGAGAGAGAAGUGAUUGGAGAAGAAGAAAAGGCACUGGAAAGGUUAACCAAGACCAAUACUGAUUAUAAUUCAUUGUUGGGUAAUCUGAACAGCAACACUGGAGUAUUGCCACUUGGAAAACAACAAAAACAAACAUUACAGGUGACGAUACAACCGUUUGGCAUGUCCGAUAACAACAAGAAGACGAAUCUGAAUAAACUAGUCCAAGAGGAGACACCAGUAAUUACCUCCAUUCCAGAAAUCAAGGAGAUAAAGCCUUUAGAAAAGAAAGUAGAAGAAGAAAAAGUAAAAGAAGAGCAACCAAUGCCACUCAUGAAGACAAUUAUCAUAGAAAAUAAAGCUCCAGUAAAGGAGGAAACAAGAGGAACUCCAGAAGGUAGGAAAACCCAGAUCACCAGGGGUAGCAUGAUAACUAAAAAUCAUGAACAGGUGAAAAACAAACUGUACAUACAAAAUGUUAUUCAGACGAAAAUUGAAAACAGGAGGAGUAUCACGCAGCUCAAAGAUGACAAUGACAAUAAGACUGAGACGGAGAUCAACAAGAUCAUAAUCAACACCGGAUCGAGCGUGGAAGAGAAGAACGCCCGGAACGCGACUGAAGGAGAAGUGACGGUGAAGGUGCUGAAGCUGGUCGGCAACGGUUUGGCCGAGAGCAGGGAAAUGGCGGGGGAGCCCGACGGCAGGGCAGACUCCGACGAGCCGGAGACCCCCCUCACCCCGCCCCCGCGGGCCUCCUUCCUCCACCGCGAGGCGCAGCUCGCCCUCAGUCAGAUAACUGUGCCUCCAAGUGAGCCAACACCAACACCAACACCCCCACCUCCACCACAAGCCCCAACACCUCCUAUGACAACACCCACUCCUCCCCCCCUGCCCACCACUCCACCGCCAACACCUCCUCCCCCUAGUCCACCAGCAUCACCCCCUGCCAGGUCCAAGCGCCCAGCUCCUAAGCCUCCAGCACCAGAAACAAGGCGAAGGGGUUCCCUCACCGACUCUGGAGAAAAAAAAAAGACCAGGGUAAGGCACACUCUGAGGAAGCUGUUGAGGUUUGGAAGUCGAGAAGAGGAACCAAAGACACCUGAAGAUGAAGGACCUCCAAGACCUCGACCUCAAAUCAUACAUCCCUUAGACCUCAACAAAUCAGCUGUUGAAGUCUUACCUCCAGCUUCGCCUGAAAAAAAUCCCCCUGAGAUCUACAAUUCAACUGCUUCCCUAACUACUUAUUCUGUUGGGCGUCCUAGCAAACCACCCCCACCGCCCAGAAGUGAAUCGCUCAACUUAAUGGAGAGGUUGAGGCCAUCACCGAACUCUGAAAAUAAUGUUUAUGCAAACCUUGAAGGUAGAUGUGGUAUCACGCCGGUUAAACCCCAACGGACUGGCAGCAUGAGGGAUACCAAUUCAACAACCACCAAAGAUAAUAUUACAAAAGAAUCUUCCAAACAGUGUACAAUUCAAAAUGAUAGUGAUAAUGUAUAUGAGUGUGUGGGUGUCAGCUCAGCCCCAGAAUGUGAUAUGAGUCUUCCAACCUAUUAUGGUUCUGAAACUGAAUCAGACAUAUAUUAUCCGUAUAUUACAUUCCAGAAUGGGGAAUGUAAAACCAAAAUGAAAAGAAAAGAGAGAGGUAUAGUUCAUUCAACGCUCGAAGAAAACUAUGGUGCUGUAAUAAUAGCUAACCAUGAUGCAUUGACUAACCUAUUCCAUCAGAUAAUGAGUAAAAAACCAGAUUUGCCUAAGGAUAUGCAGGGAAUAGAAUGGAAAUGGAAUUCUUUCGAUGUGGAUGAGGAAGAGGUCCAAAAAAUAGGAAAUUUGACAUUCAUCAAUGCAAGGAUUAAAGAAAUACCACUUACUCUAUCGGUAACUUCAAUAGAAUCCAGUAUUCCUGACAUUAUGGAGCCUCUGACUCAAUUCAAAUGCACUGUUCCAAUAAAAUGUUUGCAAAAUGGCAAUAAUGCAUUCAUUACUGUAAUGCGAAGAAAAAAGAUUGAGCGCCUGUUGUCAUUUGCAAAGAAAUUAGAAAGAAGUGCUGAAAGUGUGAGAGAAGGUGUUUACAUUUUAUUACAAGUUGUUAAAUACUUAUCAGUUUCAAAAGGGAAAGUUAACGUUGAAAACUUCAUAGUUUUCACAUCGGAAAAUUCUCCAUCAGCCGCAUAUUUACCUGCUGAGGAAAGCGAAACGAUUUGUGCUGAAGACUGCCUCCGUGAGAUGUGUAAACAACUACUUGGACCUCUACCUCUUGGAAGGGUGCUGGAGAAGUGUAACAUUUCAGAAGCUGAGGGGGUGCUCGAGGUCUGGUUGUGGGGGCCAGCGUCUCCGCUUGCACUGCCUUCGCUCGCUCGAUGGCUUGACUUGGAGCGGGCCAACUUCCUCAAUGCACUCGUAAGCAAUAGGAAUGCUGUUGUCGAUAAGGAGCAACUUGCAUUCCUUGUCCGUGCUUCUCCAAAAUCGAUAGCUCAUUCUUCUCAGAUAAUUGAGCACAAUGCAUCAUGAAACAUUCCUUUAUUUAGAGACUUGCAAUAAUUUAAAAUAAAAACUUCUUCAAAUACUCAUUAUGAGACAUAAUUGAACUUAAUCCUUUCAUAUGUUUAUAUUUUGUUGACUGUUUUUAUUAUUAGAUUUCAUAAAGAAAACAAAUGAAUAUUUAUAAAUAAUGUUUUCUUGAUAAUUUAGAAUGUAAGCUAGUGCCAUUGUUGCUUAUGAAAUAAGACUUCAAUGAUUUUGUCAUUUUGAAAUUCUAGUAAGCAAAAUGUCCCUUUAACAAUUGCAUUGCGUGCUCAUAAGAACUAUAAAUCUCAAAACAGACAUAUAUUUAUUUAGAUAUUGUACUUAUAAUAAUCAUGAUAUUAUUUAGUUAUUAGAUUACUUUUAUAUGUGAAUAUUUAAGAAUAAAUUUGUUGAUUUUUAAAGUU